CAUUUUUUUAUUUAUUUACGUAUCAGAGGAGGGAAGGAGAUUUGGUUUAAAUACGAAAGCAAAAUAAAUUAUGAUUUUUACCAACAAUUUGCGAAAAAAAAAAAAUGAAACAUUUUCGAGUUUUCCCGCGCUCGAAAAAUCCACAAAACCCACUCACAACUUCGUCUGCUAUCCAAUUACGGUCGCGCCACCAUGACGACCGCCACCGCCAACCACCGUAACAACUCACCGCCUCUCACCCCGGAUGACAUAAUCCGCUUAGCUCAGUACCACACUACUGCACCGCUUCAUCCUUACCUCCUCUCCCCAACUUCUCACGAAACCCUCGUCUCCCACCUCCACACUCUCCCUCCCUCCGCCGUCUCUGAAUACACAUCGUCUCUCCUCUCUCUCCUCUCGCCAUCUCCUUCUGUAUCUACCCUACUCACAUCUCUUCUCAAUUCCUACUUAAUCCUCUUCACUUCCAACAAAAUUCCCCAUGAUCGGCGGUCUCUUAAAACCCUGGAACUCUUCUCUCCCCAUCUAGAGAACAUCCCGAUCAACGAACUACAAACAAUCUCUGAUACAAUCGUUUCGAGUAUCUCACAAAUCAACAGAGAUCCAGAUGAAGCGCAGCUUCUCGACUUGCUUCCGAAGUGUCUUCACAUCAUAUUUAACUCUAAUGAGAUCGAUAAACCCCAGGAUUCAGUUGAUGCGGUAUUUGAUCGUAUCCUAGAUUGUAAUUGGUCAAGGAUUUUGUUAGUGAAACUGGUUUCUAUCAUUCACGAGUUCAAGUUUGUUGGUAAGGGAAGAGGUAAGCUGUAUGCACAGAAGGUGUUUGACAAUAUGCAUUGUGUUGAGCUGCAGGAUCUUCCUUCAUUAGUUUACCAGUUACUUGUUUUGGCUUCAAAAGGGUUCAACAAGAGGGAAAUAAUUGAAGGUAUUGUUAUGUUCUUUGGAACCAAAAUGCAUUCUAAAAAGGCGAGUUCUAAUAUCAUCAGGGAAGUUGAAGGGACUGUACUGUUGCAUGUCAAUUUCGCUGUAAAGCAAGAUCCUUCACUGGGGCAGGAAAUUAUGGGGCUUGUGAGGUCAAAUCUUCAGGCAGUUGAUCAUUUUGUUGUUGGGCUAUUGUUGUCAAUAGCAAGAAUUAGAAGGUACAGGGAGAACUCCAUGGGAACACUGAAAACAGCUCUAAUCACUGCUUAUAAGGAUUACAAAUUUUCAAGACAUUGUAAAUGGCUACCUGAUGACUUAAAGGAAGAGUAUCUACAAAAUGCCCUAUUGACAGAGAAAGCCGUGCUAAGAAUUGUUAAUGAGAGUAAUCAUGGAAGAGAACAUAUUGUUCCUAGCAUAGUCCACUUGGGCUUUUUGUUUCUGGAAUCAGGGGAGGAAAUGAGCCAUAAAGAACUUGGAAACACAGGUCUUAUAGGUUCUCAAGAGCUUGGUAUUCAAAUGCUAAAAAGUUUAUUUGAGGUUCAUGAUAUGGCAAGAAAUGAGAUUAUUGAGCAAUGUAAAUUCCGAAUCCUUUCUCUUAAGCCUGACCAAAGUUUAGCAAUCAUAAGGUUACUUGGUAACCUAGUUCAGAACUACCCAUACCCCAUAUUAGAAUAUGUGUCACAUCUGAAGGAAUUGUUGGAUUAUUUUGGUUUUAUGCACAGCAAAGUUGCUUCCCAUUUGAUUAACAUUCUAGUGCCACUCAUCAAGUUCAGUCAUAACCUUCAGGACUACAUAAUCUUGGUGGUGCGCAAGGCUAUGUUCAGACAAGAAGAUCAAAUCCGCUUAGCUGCAGCUGGAGCCAUUAUCGACUUAAUUCUUGCAGACAAAAAAUCAAAACAAAAUAUGCCAUCUUCUUAUCAAGAAUCCUCUAGCCAAGCUAGCAGCAGUCAACAACCUCAAAUAACCCGUGGAAUUAGCAAUGAUCUUUUCAAAGAGCUCAGUAGUUUAUUACAACGUUGCCUCUAUCAACAGGGGAAAGUGAAAGAGGUUGUAUACCAGGGACUUGUAAAGCUUGUGCUGGUUGAUCCAUUAACAGCAGGGGAAGUUUUUGAUUUUCUAUGGCCUCACUUUCUACAGUUUUACAAAGAAGAUGGUGAACUUAAUAUAAUCCAAUGCAUUAAGACUGAGAAUAACAAAGCUUGUAUAGUUGAACCACUUGAUGAUCUUCUAUCUUGUGUCUCAUGGGUUCUUUCACUUCAGCCACAAGAAAAAUCUGAAUCAUGGGCUUCUUUCGGGUUCUCACUUACACAGGAAAACGAGCAGGCAGGAGGAACAGUUUCUGGUGAGUCGUUUUCCAAUGCUUUGUCAAGAAUCCGGAAGCUUCUAAGAAAUGGAAAUUUGGAAGGACAGUUAGGUUUAGAUACACCACAAGAAGGAGAGACAUACAAAUAUAGUGCUAAGAUUAUGUCAGGUGUUAUUGAGGUGAUAUUGAAUACACUUGCUACUGAAUUGGAAAAGGCAAGUAAUGAUACAAAGAUUGAUUUAGAGAAAGAGUUGAUUGAUCUUGUUGAUCUACAUGAGUCCUUAUGUACACAAAACAAUGGUGCUAGAAAAGAAACACCUCGGUCUACUGCUCCUGAUCUAACAUAUAAAAAUGAGUCAGAUAACACAAAGUGGUGUAAAGAAACAACUACUUUCAUGUCAACAUCAAGCAUUCAUCACUUGUUUCAACUCUACAAGUCAUCAAACCAACAUUCUAAACUGUUCUCUUUUGUGUUAAAUGCCACUUUUUGCAAGAUCAAAUCUUGUUCCAAUGUGGCAAAAGAUGAUCCAUUGAAGGGUUUGAUGUAUGGGGAUAUAAAGAUCCUAGGUCCACCAUUGUUGAAAGUGAUCACGUUGCUCAUUCACCCAGAUCAAAAGAAAAAGGAAGCUAAAGGGAAAAAAGAUGAAGAAGAUAAAAAGGGUCUCGUUCUCUUGGCUCUAAUUUGCUUGAAAGAACUGCUAACAAUCUGUUCUCAAAGCCCAGAGGAAAUGAGAGAAAUUGAAGACAUGUUGUCAGAUUCUUUAGUUGAGGAUGAACCACUGAACAUUCAAAGGGAAGAAGUCUUCAUUACAAAAAUUGUUAAACCUCUGUUCUCUAAGCUUCUUCAAGCAAAGUUAUUCCAUGAAAUUGAGGUGCUGUGUGAUAUUGCGAAGAUUAUUGGGUGUAAAACUAUUGGUGAUUGGGCAAUAAGAAUUUGUGAAACAAGUAAUAUAGCAAACACAAAGAUUGCAAAAAAUGUAGUGAAUCUAGCACUAUCGUGUACUCAAGCUCCAAAUGAUUUGGCUGUUGCUCAAGAUAUGGCACUGGAGUUGAUAAAAACAACAGGAUCAGAAACAUACAGAAUCAUAAACAAUUCAACAGAAACUGUUAUAUCAUCAGUGAUCCUACAGUUUCUUGAAUCAGUUCUUGCUGACAUGGAUCGAAUCAGUAUGAAGAUGAAAACAUGUUUCACUAGUGCUUAUAAAGGGAUACAGAUGGAUGAUAAUGGGAUACACAAGUCACAUUUGACAUUAGAAGAGACUCUGUACCAGAGGGCUGAAGCUGUCAUGGAACUGUUAUCUUCUUUUGUGGUGAUGAACCUCAAAGAUCUUCAAGGUGAACAUGUAGUGAGAUUGGCUGCUAAAUUCUACAAGAACUUAGCUAGGGUUUCAAAGUUUCUUAUCGCACCUAAAGGUUGCAAGCAGAUUUUACCAAGUCUCAAGUUUCAAAAACUUGUGGAAGUGACUUGUAAGCAGUUAACAGGUCCUUUGUACAUUUUCAUGGAAACAAUGCAGCAGAAACAACAAGCCAGUAGCAGAGCAAGUAAAGGAAUUUUAAACAAGAUUAAAAGGGAGAACAGAUGCAUCCCAGAUUUGAUAUUUCAGAUAGAAGAUUAUGAGAAGUAUCUGAUUCUACUUGGCAAAGCUUGCAAGAUGAACUUGUUGAGGCACGCAAAACGUAGCACUGCUAGAGAUUUUAGAAUAACCGGCCCACAAGAACAUGAACAUGGGAAUGAUCAGGAACAUGAUGAAGCUGCUGCUCAAAAUGAUUUGGUACAAGACUCUGAAAAUGGUGAAGAAGAUGAUGCAUUAUUACCUGACACAGGUACCCCAUUUGCUGCAGAGGAUUCGGAAGAAGAUGACAGUUUGAUUCCCAGAAAGAAGAGUAGAAUUGUUGAAGAUUCAGACGAUGAAGCAAAUAUAGAGAGCGCUUAGAUGUGAUGAAAGAAUAUUUGUAUAGUAAAUAACAUACACACAUAUCAGAAACAAAUUCUCAUCUUUUAGCACCCACAAAAAUCAUCGAAUCUGAACAAGAAGCGUUACAGUUA